AUGCACUUCUCAACUUCUUCCUUGAUCUUUCUCCCUCUUCUUAUACAAACCCUCAUCACAUCUGUAUCAGCUACGUUCAAGACCAAGAAGUUUGACCUUACCAUAACAUGGGAGGACUACGCCCCCGAUGGCUUCUCCAGGAAGAUGCUCCUUGUCAAUGGACAAUCCCCCGGUCCCGUGCUUGAGAUUGAUCAAGAUGACAUGGUUGUUGUAAAAGUCCACAACAAAUCCCCAGAGGAUCUUACAGUUCAUUACCACGGUACCCCCUGGUCAGAUGGUGUCCCAGGCGUAACUCAACACCCCAUCAAGCCAGGAAGCAGCUUCACCUACAAGUUCCACGCAUCUCAACACGGCAGCUUCUGGUACCACUCCCACUUCCGGGGCCAGAUCGAGGAUGGUCUCUACGGAGCAAUCAUCAUCCACCCUCGACACGACGAGCCGAGUCCAUUCCAUCUCAUCUCUAAGGAUGAACACACCGUGAACAAGAUCAAAGAAGCCGUUGAGAAAGUCAAGCCCAUCGUCAUAUCCGACUUUGUGCACCUCACCUCACAGGAGAAAUGGGAUAUGACUCUUGCUGCUGGAAUUGAAGAUUCGUGCUAUGACUCUAUCCUCUUUAAUGGCAAGGGACGAGUCGAGUGUCUUGACAAGGAAGUCGUUGAAGCCAACCUUAAUGAGAUUCAGAAGGCGUACCUUGGACUGGUACCAGGAGGUGCUGAGUUUACAGACAAGGCAUGUCUACCCGCUUCCGCCCUCAACUUCCUCGCAGGCGGUAUGGGCAACGAAUCAGCCCUCCUCCCAGGCACAUUCUCCGGCUGCAAAGAAACAGACGGACAACUCGAGACCAUCGAAAUCUCAAACUACUUUGGUCAAUGGGAAUCAUGGCUAGCCUUUGACAUCGUCGGCGCAAUCAACUUUGUCAGCGGAGUCUUUUCCAUCGACGGCCAUGAUAUGUGGGUAUACGCCAUGGACGGCUCCUACAUCGAGCCCCAAAAGGUUCAAGCUAUUCCUGUAGCCAACGGAGAUCGAUACUCCAUCGUCAUCAAGAUCGCCAAUACGGGUGAUUACAAAAUGCGCUUUAACGCCAAUAGUGCGCCGCAGCUCAUCACAGGCCAUGCUGUCCUCUCUAUCAAAGGAUACAGCGCUGCAGAGGGAAAUAUCGAGCCUUGGAUUAACAUCGUUGGUCUUCCUGCCUCUAAAGAAGUUGCCGUCUUCAACCAAGCUGUGGCAUUCCCUUACCCGCCGAGUCCGAUAUCGCCUACUGCUGAUGUCACGUUCAACUUGAGCAUGGCUAUUAAGGGCGCGUCGUAUCUCUGGGCGUUGAACGAAACUACUCUUAUGCCAAAGGAGAUUGACGAGGGGAAACCAACACUUUUCAACCCCCAGCCAUAUAUCAACAAUAACGUCACCAUCUCUACCAAGCUAGGUCAAUGGGUCGAUCUUGUCUUUGUAGCAGCUCUAUUUCCCCAGCCACCGCACCCUAUUCACAAGCACGGAUCCAAGAUGUACAUGCUUGGCGCCGGAACUGGACAUUUUAGAUGGAACUCUGUUGAAGAGGCCAUCAAGGAGAUCCCUGACCAGUUCAAUCUCGUCAAUCCACCUCGUCGCGAUGCGUUCCUUUCUGCUCCUGCAGAAAAGGAGCCGAGUUGGGUGGUUGUUCGAUACCAUGCUGCUGAUGCUGGUCCGUGGCUUCUGCAUUGUCAUAUCAAUAACCACAUGCUUGGUGGAAUGAUGAUGGUUAUUCAGGAUGGUGUUGAUGCUUGGCCGGAAGUGCCUGAGGAGUAUGCUGAGGGUGGUAAUGGGGAGUGA